UUUGGACUUUGUUAUUUUCUGAUCAUCGUUUUAUCAUUUUUAUUUUUCAUAUAACAAUUCGAAUAAUAGCUUUUACAUUAUAUAAAAAAGUAUCCAUUUGCUUUUAAUUGAUAUUCUUCUUCAUUAUUAUUUCAUUGGAUUUUGGAUACUACAGCUUGUUUUCGGAGUUCAAUUGUUCGUAAUUUUACAAAGUUAAAAACAACAAUUACAAUCUUCUAAAAUGUUCAUAAAGGUGCUUGAUAAUAUCUCAAGAUCAUCAUAUCGAUCAAUCUGUCGCAAUUUUUCAAAAUCUGCUAAAUUAAGCAAUGGAUAUAAUUUUGAACUAUCAGAAACGCAACAAGAGAUGAAAGAAACUGCUGAUAAAUUUGCUAGAGAUGAGAUAAUUCCAGUUGCAGCUCAGUAUGAUAGGAGUGGAGAAUAUCCUUGGCCAGUUUUGAAAAAAGCUUGGGAAACAGGACUCUUAAACACUCAUAUACCAAAAGAUAUCGGAGGAUUAGAGCUAGGGUCGUUUGAUGGAUGUUUGAUUUCUGAAGCGCUUGCUUAUGGAUGCACAGGAAUCAUGACAGCAAUAGAAAGCUCAGGACUUGCACAAUGGCCGAUAAUUUUAGCAGGGAACAAAGCUCAACAAAAAAAAUAUCUUGGAAUGUUACUUGAGGAGCCACUUGUUGCAGCAUACUGCGUAACUGAACCAGGAGCUGGUUCUGAUGUUGCUGGAAUCAAAACAAAAGCAGAGAAGAAAGGUAAUGAAUGGAUUCUUAAUGGUACAAAAAUGUGGAUUACAAAUGGAGGAGUAGCUAGUUGGUAUUUUGUACUUGCUAGAACUAAUCCAGAUCCAAAAGCUCCAGCUGGCAAAGCAUUUACUGCAUUCAUAGUUGAUCGUAAUUUACCUGGAGUAACUCCUGGUCGUAAGGAAAUGAAUAUGGGCCAAAGGGCAUCGAACACCACCAUGGUGACUUUUGAAGAUGUUAGAGUACCAGCGGAAAAUGUUUUAAUGGGUGAGGGUGCUGGAUUUAAAAUUGCUAUGGGAACAUUUGAUGCUACAAGACCAAUGGUAGCGUGUGGAGCAGUUGGCUUAGCUCAACGAGCUCUUGAUGAAGCUUUAAAAUACUCUUUAGAACGUCAUGCUUUUGGAAAACCACUUGCAGAGCAUCAAGCUGUAGCAUUUAUAAUAGCAGACAUGGAAAUUGCUGUAGAAACUGCAAGAUUAGCUUGGAUGAAAGCAGCGUGGGCUGCUGAUAAAAAACUUCCAAAUGCUACUAAGCUUGCAAGUAUUGCUAAAUGUUAUGCAGCUGAUAUUGCAAAUAAAUGUGCUACUGAUGCUGUUCAAGUAUACGGUGGUGCUGGAUUUAAUAGUGAAUAUCCAGUUGAGAAGCUCAUGAGAGAUGCUAAAAUUUAUCAAAUUUAUGAAGGAACUUCACAAAUUCAAAGACUCAUUAUUUCACGUCAUCUCUUCAAAGAAGCUCAAGCUAAAAUGGCUUAAUUUAAUUGUUGAUAUUUUUUCGAUAUAUACAUUUAUAAAAUGAUAUUUAAUUCUUUUUUAAGAAUGUUGUGAACAAGGAAAUAUUUUUGUAUAAAAUUAAAUUUAAUAGAAAAUUUUUGAUA